AUGCGCGGUAGGGGGUACCGGCUAGGAUGCGUCCUAGCGGUUCAAGGGAUCAGCACUCCCGUGUCAGUUGCUAGGAAGCUGAUGGAGCACGGGCAGCACACCGUGCUGGCAGGAGAAGGAGCGAAAACGUUUGCGCUCGAGAACGGGUUCAAGGAAGAAAAUAUCCUGACCGACGAGAGCCGUAGAGAGUUUGAACUAUGGAAACGUGAGCAGAACUUCACCGUCGACAAGGAGGCAUCGCAUGACACGAUUGGAAUCAUAUGUCGAGAUGAGACAGGCGAGCUUGUCGUAGCAACUUCGACUAGCGGAUGGAAGUUCAAGCUACCUGGCCGAGUGGGAGACUCGCCCUUGGUUGGCUCUGGUUUCUACGUGGAUCAGGCGUGCGGUGCGGCUGUGGCAACAGGGGACGGCGAAGAGAUCAUGCGAGGCUGUCUGAGCUUCCUGGUGGUGGAGAGGAUGAGAAUGGGCGAUUCUCCUACUAGGGCGUGCGAGCAUGCGAUAGCUCGGCUCAGGUCAAAGAAAGAAUUUCUCUCCGGAGCUUCGUUCCAGGGUGAAAACAGACAGCACAAGAAGCUGACCGUCGGGAUUGUUGCAAUGAACACCAACGGCGAUGUCGGGGCGUCUUCGACUUUGGGCCCUGCCAAUAUCCACAGGGGCAAACCAGCAUUUCCUUGCAUCGUCUGGAAGCAGGUGGGAGCAAGAGUUGGCGGAGAAUCGAUGACAUUUAUUUGCAGGGGCGAGGCUUAG